CAACACGUUUCUGGUGAAGAUUUUGAUGACGAUGCAUCAGCAGAAAAAGAUGAAAUCGAAGGAAGCGGGGACAUAAAGGGAGAACGGGGUAAACAAAUGGAAUCAGAAGAGAAAAAACCUGGUGUGAGUUUGCACCGGUCUAAGCCAAGAAACCUGAUCAAAAUGGUGCUGGAAGAAUCGAAACAGGCGGAACAACAAGAAAGAGAGAAUAACGACGAAGAAAAUUCAGCCCAGGACUCGGGCUCAUCAUCGGGUAGCUUAGCUCAGGGGAGUGGUGAUCAAAGGGUGUCUCAUAAAAAUGGUACAGUAGUAAAAGGAAACCAAACAGAGCUGCCACAGAAUCACACCAAUUUACACCAAAAUAUUCCAAGAAAUUCUUCGAAUGAAAAGUUACUACCAGUCAAAAGCAAAGCAAAGAAUAUGGUAAAGAGCAGUAAUUCCAAACGUCUAAAGAACACAACGCUUCACGAAGUGAAAGCGAAAGAUGAAGGACGAUCUAAACCCCGAGUUAAGCAAGUUGACGUUGUUCAUAGAAAAGAGGUGGUACGAAAAAAGAGUGUGAAAAAAGCAUCCAUUGGGAUUUCUCAUGUGAAACACUUGACAAGAAAGAGACUGCAUAGCAAGUAUAUGACAGUCCAUGCCGUGCAUCCACAAGUGACAAAAAACCAUUCAAAAGUCGUGCUCAAAAAGACUGUCAAUAAAGGUUCAUCACAGAUGUGUCAUACGGACAAGAUUUUUUCCGGUCAUUCCUUAAAAGGCAGCACUAGAGCUGGACAUUUUGAUACUCUGGGUGAGACCCCGAGCAUGCAGGCUUGUCUUCAGCGGUGUUGCAGUAAGCGCACUUGUGACGUAGCGCUGUUGAUUGAUGGGCAUUGUUUUGGUGUGGCUUGUUACAGCAAGGAGCUCUGCGAACCCAUUCCAAUACCUCAUCCGCAUUUCGUGUUCUCUCAGCUUGGUUUGGUCAGUAAAGGACAAAAGAGAGGAGAAAUCGAGAAGAACCAAGAGUUUCAUUGUCAAUAUGGUAAUCUUACCCUGAAAAACAACGAACAAUGGAGUGGUGAGCUUUGCGGAGGAGUUGUCACGUGCAAAGACGGCAUAGCUACUGUGAAAAAAUGCCCAGGGAUUCCACCAAAACCAGAUGACUGUACCAAGCCUCGGCUGCUGGUGAGACAUAGGAAAGGAGAAUGCUGUAAAAUGAGAUGGAAAUGCAAAGCCAGACAUUGUAGUUUCAAUAGUCGUGUUAUCAAGCACGGUUACAAGUUGAGUGAUCCUUUAUGUACGGGAGUGCUGAGUUGUUACAAUGGUUGGUUGCAUAUGGAUUACUGCCCUAAAAUACCACAAAAACCCAAGGACUGUGCGCGACCCAAGUUGAAGACUAUCAGUGUUCCUGGACAAUGCUGCCAGAAACUUUGGGUCUGUUCAGAUAAGAGUUGUAAGUAUGAUGGCCUAAAGUUAUCGCACGGAGAGAAACUCACGGAUGCAUCAUGUGCAGUGGUCAUGGAAUGUAGAAAUGGCUUCCUUCACGACAAACAGUGCCCAGGCCCUCCUCCGGUGCCGCGUGGCUGUAUCAACCCCUCACUGAAGGUUAAGCGUAUUCCAGGUGAUUGCUGUGAGAUGAAGUGGACAUGUGACAUCAGAUAAAACGACCAUUAAUUUCGCGGCAUGAAAAGGUUUGAAUUAGAGCUUAAAUUUCGUCCAAGGGGGGGAAAUUACCCUGUGCAUAGCCUUGGAAUAACCGAGGUGUAAUGCUCCACGGUAAAAAAUUGGAAACUUCAAAACCAAAUGCAGUAAACUGGGUCAUUUCAUUUCUAUUAAAACCAAUAUUUCUACCAAAAGAAAAAAAAAAUCCAGGGCAAAUAGCUAUGUUGAAGAGCUAUAAUGACUCUAUGAAGCUAAACUUAAAAAAAAAAAAAAUAAAAGAAAUGAGCCGUCAAGAGAUAUCAGUGGUCUUUAAUAUAUUAUAAAUAAACCCAUAGUCAACGAAAAUCAGGGUUCAAGGUUUGGACUCCAGAUUACAGUGUGGCUGAGCGUUAUAUCAAUCAAGAAAAAGGUUCAUAUCUCAUAUGUAUUAGCUAGUUGCAAUUCCAUCUUUUCUCGCUGAAACGUGACGGCAGGAAGAAAUAAAAGAAGUGAGGUGAAAGCAAAAUAGGAAUCAAAAAGAGAGAAAGUCUACUCUCCACGUUGACUUUUUGUUUUACCAUCUGAUGACUAGAAAAAUAGACUGUGCUCCGUAUAUUAGGGUGGAAUUUUGUAUUUUCGAUGUUAAUGUCUUGAUGUUGAAACUAAAGAAGGAUCUAUAGCUAAGAUUAACUAUUUCUAAGAGAAAAUUGCUUUCCGUUACAAAGUGUAGCUCUCAUUUUAGAGCAUGAAAAUUAUGAAUAUUAAUUGUUAAUGACUUAAAAUAACGGUUUUUAAAAUAAUUAAAUCAAUAUUUUGAGAAUGAUUUUUGUCGUAUGCCCGCUAGUAACAAUACGUUUCUUUUUAGCCUACCCUUUUCUAAAAUAUAGACUCAGUAUCUAACCUAGGGGAAUAGGCCAUUUUACAGUUGU